UUCGCUGCAAAUGAAUGUCGUUCGCCAUUUUCGUUUCGAAACGCGAGAGAGCAAAAAAUAAAAGCUACCCGUUUUGUCGGGAAAAAAAGUAAACGCGGGGCUUCCACACGGGGCUUGAAGUGAAAAGUGGCUGGCGAAUUUGCGAACGCGAACGUGAACGUGAAUCGAUGUGAUAUCGGUACGGCGGGCCAUCCAAGCCACGGUGUGUAGAAUUGUUUCGCCUUUGCCCGUCGAUUUGCGUGUUUUUUCGCGUAGUGGUGCAGCAGCAGCAGCAGUAGCACAGUAUCAUUCAUCAUCAUCAUCACCAACACCACCACCAUCAUCAUUGGUGCCGUCGCAGCAGCAGCAGCAAAAGAAAGCAACUGGCAUCGAAAAGUGUAUCCGUGAAUUUAUCCCUUUGCUGCAGGCACGCACCACCACCGUGUGUGUGUGUGUGUGUGUGUGUGUCUGUGUCCUUUUUGCCGUGCGUGAGGCAGCAGCUAUGCUUGAUUGCUUUGUGGCGAUGUGAAAAAAAGAUGCUCGUUUUCUCCAUCCGCUGUGGUGGUGUGGCAGCAGCAGCAACAACAGCAACAGCAGCAGCAGCAGUCACGCAGGGACGGCACAACUGAUUCUGCAAAUAUCACUGAAAGCAUCGAAAAAUAAACCCAACUAAGUACAGUGUCCGUGGUUAAAGUGAAACCCGGUUACUAGAACGUGUCCUGACCGGGAUUAAACCUGUAGCCCUUCCGCGGGAAAGAAAGUGUGUGUGUGUGUGUGUGUGCGCCUGUGUUUACCAACACAGCAUUGUUUCACCGUACCACCCGCGCCCCCGUCACCUCCCGCCGUAGCAAUGAGCGAUCGAGAUGUUCCCAGCGUCCCAAUUACCACACUCGCUGGUCUUACCAGCCUUUCGGACCUGCUAAGCGAACUGCCCAUCUCGGAUUCGCUGUCCGUGUCGGCGUCGCUCAACCGGUCGCUGCUGUUCCAUCCGCGUGUGGCCGAGGAGGCGAACAAUCUGCUGGCGACGCGGGAUGACGCCCUUACCGCCCAGCUCGUGACGGCCAUCGAGCAGACGAACUCGGACAGCAUCGAGCUGAAGGAUCAGUACCCGCAACCGCCCGGCCCCGCCAAUGGCGCACCGAUCGAUGGGCCGUCGCUGCUGCAGGCGAUCCAUGCCAGCCGGCCGAACGUAUUCAAGAGCCCCUACAACCCGCAGAUACACCAAAUGUUUAGCAGCGCCGUUGCGCUGGGGGCGGGCAAUCAGCAGCAGCAGUUGGUGGCGCAGCAGCAGCAGAAAAUAACCCCCACAUCACAGACACAGUUUUACAACCUUCCCAACGAAAGCUUUACCAACUUGGAACAGUCACAGCAGGUGUAUACGAAUCAGACACAAAUACCAAUCGAGCAGUUGCAAUCGGUGUUUCAAGCGCAGCACGAUAUGCAGCAGGUGCAGCAGCUACACCUCGCACAACAGACUGUUCAACCCCUGCAGCAGCAGCUAUUGCCGCAACAAGCUCAGCUACUGCAGCAACAGCAGCAGCAGCAACAGUUUCAGUUUAAUGAUCCAAAUCUGAUACGCGGUCAGCAGCAAAAUGUGCUGGGCAAUUCCUUUCCCACCCUUGCGUCUCAAACGCCAGCCUCGGCGGUGAUGCUUGGCCAGCAAUCGAUUGGCACAGCGCUGCAUCAGCAGGUGAUUAAUAUACAAAAUGUUCCGUAUUCGUCCAAUUCUGCAGAGAAUAGCCAACUGCAGCAGCAGCAGCAGCAACAACUCUUCCAACAGCAGCAGCAACAACAGCACAAUCAAAAUGUGAUCGUUUCUCACACAUCCAACACCGUGCAGGGGCAACCGCUAUCGGCACUAGAUCCACAUCAGAGUGUGAUCCAACAGUCCGGGUCGUACGCAUCUGCAGUCCAUCCUACUGGAUCGCCGGCGGUAGUUUCAGCUCCUACCAACAAUCAGGCGGUGCCACAGACCACAAUGCUACAACAAAAUCACUUAAUCCCACAGCAACAGCUUUCAAAUGUGAUAAAUCAAACGAAUAAUAAUAUACACAGUGCCUCAGCCCAACAGCACCAAUAUCCGCAGCAGCAGCAAAUGCAAAACCACACCGUAUUGCCACAGGGGCAGCCGUUAUUGCAAUCUCAACAGCAGCAGCUGCAUCAGCAAUCUCAUCUGAACAACGGCAGUACGGCCGGGGUCGUUUCUGCUGGCAUGAAUCAUCAACAAGCACUGUACCAGCAGCAAACGACUGUGCCACAGCAGCAACAGCAGCAGCAAUUCAGCACUGCAAGCAAUCUUGCCAAACUGCCCGAAACGGCACCGCGUAACAAUGAGUACUUGCAGCAGCAGCAGAGUAAAAACCUGGACGCCCGAGGGCGACCAUCCCCGGCGCAGGGUAGCACGGCCCCGGACACGGUAAGCACGGCCACUUCACUGAACAUGCAGCAGCAUCAGGGUGGCGCUAUGAAGGGGCCACAGCAAGCGCAGACCGGUGCCAGUGCGCACCGCUACCCAACGCCACUGAUGGGCCCAAACAAACCGAGACCACCGGGGGCUGGUGGUGGCGGCACUGCUGCUCAGCAACCGACCGCUGCCGCCCCAGUCAUACGCCCGAUCGGUGUGAGUGGUGCGUUAAUCAGCAGUGCGUCCACCGUUGCCGUGAGCCGUCCUGCCGGUGCGCAGCAUCCUGCGCAGGCGCCUCAAUCGGGCCCAAGCAGCAGCGGAAGUACUUCCAGCAGUGCCCAGAACAAGCCCGCAGGACCUGCCGCCAAACCCCAGAUCGAUCGGAAGCUGCUGCACCGGCUCAUACCCAUGGCCGAGGUGGAAACGCUGAAGCUGCCCAAACUGUCCGUCAAGCUCGAGCGGCUGACCGAGCGGCAGGUUGCCCUGCUGCAGGAGGAUCUGAAAAAGUUCAUGCAGGAGGAGCCCAAGCUGGCCGCCCGGAUGGGGCUGGAGAAGAAGACGUACGAUCAGAUAUUCAGCAAGAUGAAGGAGGAAUCGCGGGGGACGUGGGCGUUGAAGCGCAAGGCGCAGGAGCGGGCGGACGAAAACCCGGAGGACUAUCUGAGCAAACCGAAGGUGCGGCGGGUGGAACGGCCCGCCGCACCGGUGGUGAAGAAGCUCAGCAAGGAGGAGCUGAUGGCCACCAACACCUAUCAGCGGUUCGUGUCGCUGAUGAACAAAAUUUUCGACCAGCUAGACGAAACGGAAACGCCCACGAUGGAGGAGGGAGAUGAGCAGUACGAGUGCAUUUCGACCGGGCUGCUGAACAGCAUCAGUGCGGAGGCGGCGAAGCUGAAGGUGCGAAAUGCGAUCGAUGCAAUACCGGAGAACAAGCUCACGCUGCUGAUAUCGUACGCGAUGCGGUCGAUCCACUCGGCGAAGAAUCUGAGCGGCUCGGAGCUGCAGGACGAUCUGGUCGGGGACGAGUGCAUCGAGAAGAUACUGAACGCGGUCGAGGCGGCCCUGCUCGUCUGCUGUCUGUACACGAGCAAGAGCACAAAGUUCCUGCAGGAGGACAACAUCGAUGCCAUCAUCAAGUUUGUGCAGUUUCAGCUGCGCGAGACGAUCUUCCCCUCGUACGAUCCGGUGUACUCGGUGGAAACGAAGCGCAAGGGUGGCGAUAACAACAAGAAGAAGAAAACGGCCUCCUACCAGCAGAAGGGCAUCUCGAUGCUGUACACGAAAACGGUCGAGCUGUCCAAGCAGCUGGUGACGAUGUUCGAGCUGUUUCACUUCGUCGACACGAUCGUGAUACACGCGUCCUCGCUCGGGGUGGAACCGUUCUUCGUGGACAACAUCGAAACGCUGCAGUUCGUGUGUCUCGAUCUGGUGACGACGAUAUUCCAGAACGAGAAGUAUCAGCACCACCGGCGUAACAUCGUGUCGGACAUACUGACCUCGUUCGAUCGGUUGCCCCACUCGAAGCGCAAUCUGCGGCCGUACAAGCUGGUCAACAACGGGGGCAACAUACAGAUGAUGACGGCGCUCGUGCUGCAGCUGAUUCAGUCGUCCGUCAUCCUGCCGGACACGCUCAGCCCGGACGGGGGCGGUGGGGCCGGUGGCAAACAUCGGCCCCCGAACAGUGCGAACAGUGCGGACGUGCCGAUGGGCGGCGGUAGCACCAAAAGCACGGACCUGUUCAUCUACAGCAAGUACAACACGGCACUGAGCAUUGGCGGGAACUUUCUCACCACCUUUCUCGACAAAUGCAAAAGCCGCUCGAACGAAACCGAUUUCCGUCCACUGUUCGAGAACUUUAUCCACGAUCUGCUGACGACGGUGAACAAGCCGGAGUGGCCGGCGGCCGAGCUGCUGCUCAGCCUGCUCGGCACGAUGCUGGUGAAGAAGAUGUCGGACAAGGGCGUGGAGCAGUCGAUCCGCGUGGUGUCGCUCGAGUAUCUCGGCAUCGUGGCGGCCCGGCUGCGCAAGGAUACGGUCGAGUCGCGCUGCAAGGUGAAAACGAUGGACACGCUGAUCCGCUACAUCAAGAUCGAGCAGGAGAAGGAGGGCGACGAGCCGCUGCACAACAGCAAGUUCCAGCUGGACGAGGAGGAGGAGCGGACCGAGUUUCUGCAGAAGAUUCUGCUCGACUUUCUCGCGGUGAACGCGCACGAGGGGAAUGUGGUGUGGAACCAUGCGCGCCACUUUUACAUCACCCAGUGGUACCGGGACAUGAUGCAGCGCACCAAGAAGGUGGCGGAGGGUGAGAAGGGCUACGCGUCGCGGAAAAAGGCCGGCAGCAGUGGUGGCGGUGGUGGGAAGAAGCGGAAAAAGUACCAGAGCGACUCGGACGGCUCGGACGGGGCGGGGGACGAUUCGGACGGCGAGGAGGGGCACAUGCGCGACGGCCAGGUCGAUCAGGAGCUGAACAGUGAAAUCUUCCGAAUGCUGGACACUCGGAAGCAGUACUACCUGAGCCAGAUAGGGCCGUACGGGCGGAGCGGUGGGGGUGGUGCCCGGUCGGGCGGUAGCGGUCCGGCCGCCGGCGGCAACUACGAGAUUAAAACGUACAUCGACUACAGCAAUGCGAACCUGAUCGCGCAGUAUCUGGCGAGCAAGCGGUCCUUCUCGCAAAGCUAUGACAAGUAUCUGCAGAAGAUCAUUCUCGUCGUGCGGGAACCGGUCGUGGCGAUACGGACGCGGGCGAUGAAGUGUCUCGCCAACAUCGUCGAGGUGGACCAGCUCGUGCUCGCCCGGAAGGACAUGCAGAUGGGUGUGCAGCAGAAGCUGCUCGAUACGGCCAUCUCGGUGCGGGAGGCGGCAGUCGAUCUGGUCGGCAAGUACAUCCUUUCCGAUCCGGAACUGAUCGAUCAGUAUUACGAAAUGAUAUCGCAACGAAUAUUGGAUACGGGCGUUUCGGUGCGAAAACGGGUAAUCAAAAUCCUUCGAGACAUCUGCAUCGAGUAUCCGGCGCACGAGAAGAUACCGGAUAUCUGCGUCAAAAUGAUCCGGAGGGUGAACGACGAGGAAGGAAUCCAGAAGUUAGUCAUGGACGUGUUCAUGACGAUGUGGUUUACGCCGUGCAAUGAUAAUGAUAAGGCUGCGAUGGACAGAAAGAUUACGCAGAUUAUAGACGUCGUCUGUUCGUCACACGAAACGGGGACGCAAGGUUUCGAUGCAUUACUGAAAACGAUAUUUGAGCCGAAAGAGAGCAAAGAUGAUAACAAAAAGCUGAAGAAAGAGAUUCCCAAAACGUUGAUCAAAGCCUGCCAGCAGAUUGUGGACGGUUUAGUGGACGCUACGAUGCGGCUGGAAGGGGCGGAAAACACGCGGCUGGUAGGCUGCAUCACGGCGUUGCAUCUGUUCGCCAAGAUACAGCCCCAGCUGCUGGUCAACCAUGCGAUGUCGCUCGAACCGUAUCUGAACAUGCGCUGCCAGAACCAGAUCAUUUCGAAAUUCAUCAGCUCGAUCGCGGAAAUAUUGGAACAGGUCGUUCCACUGAUGGACCAUCCGAGCGAAGUGUUCCUAGCCGAUCUAGAGUCCCAUCUGAUGAUGCUGAUCGUCACGCAAAGCCGUACCAUCGUGUUGAGUUGCGUUUCCUGCCUGUCGACGGUUGUAAACAAAAUCACCAAGAACUAUAAACUCAUCCGGGAUUGUUUUUCAAAACUGUACUAUAAGGGUCUCGUAUGCAUCAAGGACAAGCUAGUGUCCGACCCUUCGAUACCCAUCGAGCAGUACUUUCGGCCGCAGUUUCGGCGCAGCAUUUUUACGGUUGGGUUGAUAAUGCGCUACUUUGACUUCCAGCAGCCCGAAGUGUACGGUGCACCAAAGCCCGGCGAGGAUUCCUCCAAUCAAGGCUCAACCCUACCAGCGAACAUAUGCGAGGACGUGUUUGCGACGUUGGCAUUUUUCCUUUCCUGCGAUCAUAGCGAAAUAUGCAAGGAAGCGCUGACGUCGAUGGGCAACUUUUGCGUGAAAAACUACGAAUAUCUGAUGAAGGUGGAGCUGCGGGACUACUACAACUAUCUGCUCACGCAGGACAAGGUACUAACGGACAUGAAGAUCACGGUGCUGAAAAACAUUCUCAUGUAUCUGACAGAGGAGGAAAACCAGAUGGUGCGGAAGGAUAAAGAAUGGUCGAAACAAUCGAAAACGGAAGAUCUGAAGGAAAUGGGCGACGUGUCGUCUGGCAUGGCGAGCCGUGUGAUACAGAUUUACCUGAAGGAGAUACUGCGCAGCUUUCUGCACCGGGACUACGGUGUGCGGAGCUGGGCGAUGCGGGUCAUCGAGGUAGUCCUGCGCCAAGGUUUGGUCCAUCCAGUACAAAUAGUUCCUUAUCUUAUAUGCUUAAGUACAGACCCGGAGAAAGAGGUGGCACACAGUGCGGACAGGCAUUUGCAGGAGAUCGACAAGCAGUACCCUGGCUUUGUAAAUAUGAAAUCGAACGCCGGCAUGCAGCUGUCGUACGAGCUGCAGGAGCUGUUGCAGCGCCGAGACGAGAGCAGCCUCGUGCGGGGCUACCGGAUAAAGGAUCCGCAGGAACCGCCGUCGGCGAUGAACGGAUUCCUGUACACGCUGCUGCGCGGCACCAAACCGCAGCGCCGUGCCCUUAUCCACUCCAUCACGAAGCAGUUCGACGAUGGCAAGAUCAGUCUGCGGCAGAUGCUGUACCUUGCGGACAAUCUGGCCUACUUCCCGUACGUGGUGCAGGAUGAGCCGCUGUUCAUCAUUCAUCACAUCGACGUACUCAUCUCGGUGACCGGCACGAACCUGCUGGCGACGUUCCGCGAAGGGCUGAAGCCGCUGCCGGGCACUGAGGGCAAUGCCGACCCGACUGGUGAGUUGUGGCAGUGGUGGUGCAAUUCGCGUUUGUCCAAAAUUCUUACAUACGUUGCUUUACUUUUCGACUCCACAGCACAAAACCCCCUCGAAGAUGAUGACGAUGACGACCAGGAAGCGAUCUUAACCCGGUUGCCGGACGACACUUCCGAUUUGGAAAACUGUAUCCGGUCGGCGCAGGGUUGCAUGCUUCUGCUAAUACUCAAGCAACAUCUAAAAGAUAUUUACGGCAUCACCGAUAGCAAAAUAUCACGGUACUCACCGUCCGAGUCUGGCAAGAUCUACGACAAAGCGAUGCAGCGAAGAUCCAACUCGCUGUUCGAUCCGAAGGCAACGAUAACGCUGCUGAAGGAAAACCGGGCCACCGCUGGAGCACAGACCGAAAAGGAACGAAUCGAGCUGGUGCAACGAUACUUGGACUUCAAACAGCUGAUGCUGAAGCUCGAUCCGGACGACCCGGACCUGCUGGAUGAGGACGAAAAGCCCAACUCGGUCGCCGGAACGCCCGUGAAGCAAACUCCCGCCGCAUCAGCAUCCGGCCAUCAUCAUCAUCAUUCGAUGGCUUCCCAGCAGCAUAAUCACACAGCAGACGGAACAAGCAAUAACGUUCACGUAAACAACGUGAAUAGCACCACCACCAACCCCGGCAUGAUGCCGGUUUCGCAACAGAAUGAUUACAGCAAUCGGUCGGCGGCGAACCACGGUGGUGCUGCGGUCGUCGGUAGUGCAGCAAAGACACCGAAGCCUUCAUCGAACCGACAGCAGGCGGCACCGGCAUCGGCGCGCAAAUCGGCCGUUUCUUCGCGCAGCGCUAAGAAGAAGAAACGCCGAAUUUCUAGCUCGGAGGAGGAGGAAAGCGAUGCCAGCGAUGGUGAUUACGAUUAAGAGCGCGUACUCAUCGAGCGGAUCAUCACCCCCCAUUACAGCAGCACCACCACCACCAUCAUCACAACCCUUGUACCAACCAAACCAACUGCUACGGACCACACUAUUUACGGAGUGAUCUUCCUCUAACCCACUGCGUCUGUUACCAAUUGGUAGGAUUUUUCCGCAAUCCUUAGAAGUACCUCACACGCAUUGGCAUUGCACUUGAGCGAGGAGAUUCACUUCCACUAGGUCCAGCGUGUUGUCGGGCUAAACGGAGCACUGAGCACUGGUUUAACCCUUACUGUGGUGUGCAUUAUAAAUAGGGAUUUUCUUUCCAACAGCUCUUUGCCGCAAACCGAGCCACAUUGCAGUUAAAUAUUAGAAUGUAUCCUUUCUUCAUCCGCUCUAUCGACCAUUAGUUUCGUUUUUGUGUGCUAUUUUGUUGUUAUUUAUUAGUUUGAGUAAAGCAGCUUUCCAUAACCUUAGUACUGAUCGCGCAUUCCUGAUCCGUUCAAGUAGCUCCAUGCAAGGGAAAAUGCACACAAUCCUCUAUCAAAUAGUAACGAAUAACUGUUUGCAUUUUCUUUCCACACCUUUCCGCUUUCAUCUUGCUAUAUCGCGUAUUAUCGUAACUUUGUCCUUUGUUGCUUUGUGUCAAACAGUUCAUUGUGUCCUUGUGGUUGGUAUGUGUGCGUGUGUGUGUUUUAAGUUAUAUGUUCGUGCGUGCAAACGGAGAUAAUGCAAGUCAGCAAUCGAAAUGAAUGGUUGUUUAACACGAAAUUGAAAUCAUACAACAAAACGCCCUUACUUAAUUUAUCCGCGCAAAAGAAAAAACAUAACACGUGGGAACUUCCUAGCUGUGAAACCAUUGAAACAAAAAAAAAACAGAAACAGUAGUAAUUUUUGAAAGGAGAAGCAGAGGCACGCAAAUAUAGAGAAAACCGAAAACAAAAAACAAUUAUUACCCCAAGAUUCUUCCCUCUCUCUCUCUCUCUCUCGCUCAAGCAGCCUCUUACACACAAAAAGAAAAGCGAUAGAAAGAGGAGGGAGAGAGAAAGAGAUACGCCUUCCCGUUGCAUGGGAAGUGCAGGCAGGAAUAGCCAGAAGCAGAGAUAAUUUUUUAAAAGUUUAUCGAAAUAUUUAUGAACUGUUUGGAAGAUUUGCUAGAAAACGAAAUGAAAACACUUUGGCAAAAUCGUUAGAUGUGUGUGUGUGUGUGUGCGUAUGAGAGAGAUGAGAGUGUGUAUGUGGUUGUGUAUGUGUGUGUGUGGGAAAGAUAUUUAGAACGCAUUGGAGAGGACAGAGGUGUAGUACACGUGUGGCAACUCUGCAUUCAAAACACGUGUUGGAGAAGAGCAUAGAAGAGAUAUUAAUUUAUAUUAACGAAAAGAAAAUAAGAAAAAAAACAAAUUCAAAAAACGAAACGUGAGCAGCGAACGUGGGUGCGAGAACAAUUUAAAAGAUAAAGAAAUCGUAAACGAAAGACUUUUCGGGCGGGAAAUGGGAUUACACUGAAAAACGACUGGAGGAGGAGGAGGAGGGUACACAUGUAGGCGUCGUGUGCGCUGUUGGAAAUAUAGAGAGAGCGGGGAGAGAGAGAAAGAGAGUGGAAGGCACAAACGUUGUGUGCCAGGGGUAUGCAAACAAUGUUUUGUAACAUAUAUUUAAACUCCAGAUCGUAUUCGCGUCUAUUACUGAAUGAAGUUAUUUCGUUGCGUACGAGCAAUGAAAUGGUAGCAGUAACAAACAAAGCUCUAUAAAGGCACACCACACAAACGGCGGGCACUCGCAGGACAUACAGCAAACGGUUAUAGAACGCGUACUACAAUAGAGACGCAACACUUAAACGUCCCCAGUCACGCAAAUAAUUGUAAAAAAACAGCAAAAAUCACAUGUUAAAGCCGACGGUUCUCCGGGGUGUGGGCGGUUUGGGAGCUGCUGCGGCUUGGCAAGAAGGCUCUCACGCCGUGGAAAUGGGUAAAGGAAAGUAAAGCAAUCGCGUGAUGUCCAUGUAGCUGUAGUUAUAAAAGUAUAGCAACUGUAAAUAGUAAAUUCGUAGGAUUCGUUUGGUCUUCUGAUCUUCUGCUGCUAGGGCGCCGGGGGUUAAGGAGGUAACAAUAGUUGUGUAUCGGAAAAAGGACUGAAGUAAUUGCAAUGCGAGUGCAGAAGGGAAGCAGCUAAUAGAAGCAAGGAAGAUGAAAGACACACACAUACACACGCGCGAGCGUGCGGCAUCUUCCGAUACAUUCGCAUUCGUGUACGUGUAGUAAUUUUAAAACAAAUAUUUAAUGCAACACACAGGCAAUGGAGGUGUGGUGGUAGAAUUAACAUACGUAGUAUAUCCUAAAACCCAUAGAAAGCGCCCUCAGAUGAGAGUGUAGCGUUAAGAGCAAGGAAAAGGGGGCAAGAAGCGGUCGCAUUAUUCUAUUUGUGUAGGUAACAGUAAGCAGACAGGAACGCACACACACGAGCAACACACACAAAACCCCCCUCGAAAGAAUAAUGGAAGAUUUGAGGGAGAGUAUUAUCGCUUUGCAAAAGGGGGCGAAAAUAGUAGACAAGAUUGUAAUUCGGAAGUAAAAGGACUAGUGUGUGUGUGUGUAUGUAUGUAUAAUGUUUGCGUUUGGUAUGAUGUGUGCGCAUUUACUGAUUAAGUAGGAACAGAGACGAAGUUUCGGAAACAAAACCUAAGCACGCGACCGCUCGCCCACUGUGUAGUGUGUGAAAAGAUUGCUGGGGAGGUUCACGGUUUGUGUUUCGUGUAAAUAUUUGAACAGCUGGCAAUGAUGGAGCCAAUGCGAAAUGAUUUGCAAUCGAGGAGGAAGGAAUCAGUUGGAGUUUAAUUAGAAGACGAUUUAAAAAUACAAAAACAAAACCACGAAACCAUCGAGAAAGCAAAUAUAUUUUCUCGUGCGAAAAGUACAA